UCCAACCAUCCAUCUUGUACCCACUCAAGAUAAGAGACGUGCUUCCUACUGCUUCCUUCCUUCCGGGUUGGUCAAAGAACAAACACUAGCUUCUGGUUUGAGAAUUUUUUUCUACUGUUCUUCCUUAAACUCGCUGUAGAGUGAAGGGAGACAGAGAGAGAUGGGGAGUGUGAAGGUGUACGGCCCUCCAAUGUCGACGGCGGUGUCGAGAGUUCUGGCCUGCCUGCUGGAAAAGGAAGUGGAGUUCCAGCUCCUCCCCAUUAACUUGUCCAAAGGCCAGCACAAAUCCCCCGACUUCCUCAAACUCCAGCCCUUUGGCUAAGUCCCCGCCUUACAGGAUGAUUCCACCACUCUCUUCGAGUCAAGGGCCAUCUGCCGUUAUAUCUGUGACAAGUUCCCGGCCCAAGGCAACAAGUCCUUGAUGGGAAGUGGGCCAAGUGGCCUAGUGGGGCGGGCCUUGGUGGACCAGUGGGUAGAGGCAGAAGCCCAGAACUUCAAUCCCCCCAGCUCUGCACUGGUCUUCCAGCUGGUCUUCGCCCCAAGCAUGAAGCUGAAGGCAGACCCCGCGGCCAUCAGGGAGAGCGAGGCAAAGCUCAAGAAGGUGCUCGACGUCUACGAGCGCCGGCUCGGAGAAUGCCGGUUCCUGGCCGGGAAUGAAUUCUCCCUGGCUGAUCUUUCUCACCUCCCCAAUGCCCACUACCUGGUGACUGCCGCUGAUAGAGCCCACCUCUUGACUUCCCGGAAGAAUGUGGGUAGGUGGUGGGAGGAGAUUUCAGCCAGGCCUUCUUGGAAGAAAGUCGUCGAGAUGCGAAAAGCUCCACUGGCUUGAGUGCUUCUUCUUCUAGUAUUUUAUCUCAAGUUUGUGUUUGUUGUUGAGGUGAAUAAUGAACUUGUCCUCUGUUGCUCUUGCUGACCAUUGAGUUGGAUUUGGAUUUGUUUUGAGUUCAGAGCUUUAUUCGGGUGUUUGAGAAUCCUAAGGUUGAAGUUUUCAAGAGCUGCUUCCUCGGUUACACUUGAUGUUUAUGGUUUCUGGCUUUCUGCUC